UAAUUCACAAGAGAGAUUAUUUUUCUCUCGCUCUCUCACCCACCCAUUUCCAGUUCUCACACUCUCUCUUUCUAUCUUUAAAAGCUCUGUUUUUUAUGCUUCUUUCCAUAUCUAUUCAUUAAGGAUUCGUUUGGGUUCACCAUCACUUAUUUUCUCUGUUCCUUUUCUCACUUGCAGGGCUCUGCCAUUUUGCAUAUGCAAUAUAUUUUCCGACUCUCAGUUUCUGUUGCAUCAUCUUUUUCUUCUCUAAAUCCGUACUUUUCCCUUCUUAAGCAAAAAAUAUAGUACAUUUCUUGAAUUUUUUGGGUAUUUCCUGGGCAUCCAAGCAAGCAGUUGUCGCCACGUUUUGAUCAGUUUAGUCCAUGAGCAGCCUGUUUAUAUGAUGAUGCUUUAAGUGUGUGAGUUGCUUUGUGGGAAAAGUUAAUCAGAAGCUAGCCCCUCGAUCGGAAUGGAUGCAAAUGGUGCUAGCAGUGAGAAUGACAGUAUUCACUGGAACACAGUUGAUGAGCUCGAGACACCUAAUGCUGCUGCUUCUCCUUGUAUGGGGUUAAGGAGUUCUGCUAAAGAAGCAAGUACUAGGGCGGCCUCUGAUAACGAAAGCACAAAUGACUUGCUAGAAGAGAACAAGAUGCUGUCUCUUCUAGUGGAUAUGGGUUACUCCUUUGAGGAAGCUCUGAUGGCAAUGGGAAAAUGUGGUUCUAAUGCCCAUAUAGAAGAGCUGAUAGAUUAUAUAUCUGCGGCUCAAGUGGACAAAGAACUGGAUACUGGUCUUGAAGAAUUACCUUCUGAAGAUGAUGUGAUCUCUUGUUCUCAUCCAAAGGCUCCUGAGAAUUCACCCGAAGAACAUCAAUGUGUUGGGAAAUCAGGAAAUUUUGGAUAUGUAAGAGAUUCUGCUGAUGACCACUUUGAUGAUGAUAAUUCACCUGGAAUGGACGAAAGCAGAGAAGAUUUGCUAGAAGAGGACAAGAUGCUGUCUCUUCUAAUGGAUAUGGGUUACUCCUUUGAGGAAGCUCUGAUGGCAAUGGGAAAGUGUGGUUCUAAUGCCCAUUUAGAAGAGCUGACAGAUUACAUAUGUGCUGCUCAAAUGGACAAAGAAUUACCUUUUGAAGAUGAUGUGAUUUCUUGUUCUGAUCCAAAGAUAAGGACAGAGGAUUUUCUUUGUAAAAAGAAGAGGAGGAUUCACCCGACCGAGAUAUCUAUACGCCAAGGUUGUAAAGGAAGGGAGAAGAAUCCACUGGAAGGAUAUGAGGAGACAAUUUACAUCCCUAAUCCAAUGAUAGGGUUUGGAAUUCCUGAUGAACCAUGGCGCAUUAUAGAGAGAAAGCUUCCAGUGCUAGCUGCUGAUCCACCAUAUUUUUAUUAUGAAAAUGUGGCCCUAACUCCCAAGGGUGUAUGGAGUACAAUAUCUCGCUUUUUGUAUGACGUUGAGCCGGAGUUUGUUGAUUCUGUAUAUUUCUGUGCUACUGCAAGAAAAAGAGGUUAUAUUCACAACCUUCCAAUUCACAAGCGAUUUCCUCUUCUGCCAAGACCACCAUGCACUAUACAAGAAGCCUUACCUUCAACCAAGAAAUGGUGGCCUUCCUGGGAUACAAGAACAAAGCUAAAUUGCCUUCUGACUACCACUGGAACUGUCAAACUUACAGAGAGGAUAAGACAGGCACUUGAAGAUUGUGGUGGCAAUCCCACUCCAAACUUCAGAAAGUAUGUGCUUGAUCAAUGCAGAAGGUGGAAUUUGGUUUGGGUUGGAAAAAACAAAGCAGCAGCUCUUGAACCUGAUGAAAUGGAGAUGCUUCUAGGAUUUCCAAAGGACCACACUAGGGGUGGUGGGGCUUGUAGGCAGGAUAGAUAUAAAGCACUUGGAAAUUCUUUUCAGGUUGAUACAGUUGCAUACCAUCUCUCGGUCUUAAAGGCUCAAUUUCCAUAUGGCAUCAAUGUCCUCUCACUUUUCUCUGGCAUUGGUGGUGCUGAAGUAGCCUUGUAUCGACUUGGGAUACCCCUAAAAAAUGUGGUCUCUGUUGAAAUUUCGGAAGUGAACAGAAAUAUUCUCCGAAGUUGGUGGGAGCAAACAAACCAGAGGGGACGUCUCAUUGAAAUUGCAGAUGUCCAAGAAAUCAAUGGUGAUAACCUCGAACGGUGGAUCAGCUCAUUUGGCGGGUUUGACCUUGUGAUUGGAGGGAGUCCAUGCAACAACCUUUCUGGUGGCAACAGAGUGAGCAGAGAUGGACUCGAGGGUAAACAAUCUUCUCUGUUCUAUCACUACUUCAGAAUUCUAGAGCUCGUAAGAUGUACAAUGCGGAAUGGCUAAGGAUUUCAUUUGAGAGGCUUACAAUUUAAACAAUACAAAAUUGAUCCAUUACUUUUUGUUCUUUUCUAAUGACUCAUCAAUUGGUGUCUAGGUGUCUGAAAAGUUUGUAAAGAGUGGAAUUUUUUUUAUCUUCAAGUUUGCAGGGACAAUUUAGCUGCAGAAACUGUAAAUUGUUGCUUCAUCCACAUACAAUACGCAUCAUCAUUACAUUCAAGCGUACAAAGAGCUCUUUUUGGAAGUUGAUAUUGCACUUUAAUGGGAAACUUCUGCUUCUUGAAA